UGACAUGCGCAGAAGGGAGAUGCCAUAUUGAAUCGGGGGCAGCAGCAGCAGCUGAAAGACGUCCCUGCUCGCGCUGCUGUGCUCGGGCUCACGCGACGAGCGUGAGAGAGAGAGAGAGAGAGAGAGAGAGAGAGAAAGAGAGCUAGAGAGAGAGCGGAGCGAGAGAGAGAGGGAGAAAACAGAGGGGGUCUCGAGAAGGAGAGGCGACAAAAAACUUGGACAGGAUCACUUUUGGAUCUAAAGAAGCCGUCACGGAGGGGGGGGGGGCGACAAAGUGAGAGAUGCAGGUGUGAGGAGUAACCGACACACCUGGGCUCAAAGGUUAACAGGAGGUGCAGGAUGCAGUCUCUGGGCGAGGAGCGGCCAUUGGCCCCGACCGCGGUGAUGUCACGCUGUUCGACCAAUGGGAAAGAAGAAGAGGUGGACGCCGAUGCAGAUUCCAUAAAGGAGGAGGCGGAGUUUAACUGGGAGGAGUACAUGGAGGAGACGAGGGGUAGCGCCGCCCCUCACACCACCUUCAAGCACGUGGAGAUCAGCCUGCAGAGCAGCUUCCAGCCGGGCAUGAAGCUGGAAGUGGCCAACAAGGGCGGCCCGGACUCGUACUGGGUCGCCACCAUCAUCACCACGUGCGGCCAGCUGCUGCUGCUGCGCUUCAGCGGCUACGGCGACGACCGCAAGGCCGACUUCUGGUGCGACGUCAUGACGGCCGAGCUGCACCCGGUGGGCUGGUGCACCCAGAACGGCAAGACCCUCAUGCCCCCGGAAGAUAACACUUACCUAAGAAAAGCCAUCAAGGAGAAAUACAGCGACUGGACUGAAUUCCUGGUUCAGGACCUGACCGGCGCCCGGACGGCACCGGCCAACCUGCUGGAGGGGCCUCUGAGGGGUAAAAACACUGUGGACCUGAUCCUCGAGGGCUCGGUCCUGGAGCUUCAGGACUCCUCGGGCCCGUUCCUCUACUGGCCGGUCCGAGUCCUCCAGAACGUGGGCGGGAGGCUCCGCCUGCGCUACGCCGGCCUCUCCGACGACCACCGGGCUCAGGACACCUGGCUGUUCUACCUGGACGUCAGGCUCCGCCCCCUCGGCUGGGCUCUGGAGAACCGGCUCGCCUUGGAACCGCCCACAGUGCUCAGGGCGCUGAAGAGCGCCCCCUGCUGGCAGGCGGCUUUAGAGGACGCUCGACUCGACGGGCAGAAGAGCCCACUGCCACUGGAGGUGUUCAAGGACCACGCGGACCUGCCGGAGCACUCCUUCAGGCCGGGGAUGAAGCUGGAGAUGGUUUCUCCGUGGGAGCAGCUGCAGAUCUGCCCGGUUUCUGUCACCAAGGUCUACAACGAGAUCUACUUCCUGGUGACGCUGGACGACCUCUCCGUGGACGGCGAGCCGCGGUCCGUGGCGUGUCACGCCAACUCGCCCGGCAUCCUGCCCGUCCAGUGGAGCAUGAAGCACGGCGUGGGUCUGGAGCGGCCCCGGGGCUUCGGGGGCCCGGACUUCGACUGGGCCGACUACCUGAAGCAGGGCGGGACGGAGGCGGCGCCCGACGCCUGCUUCCCCGAUACAUGGCAGAACAGGGGCUUUGCCAAGGACAUGUGGUUGGAGGCGGUGAACCCUCACCGGCCAGCGGAGGUGUGUGUGGCUCAGAUCACACAGGUCAGAGGGCGCCUGCUGUGGCUCCGACUGGAAGGUGUGGCCAAGCCGCUGUCGGAGCGCAUCGUGGACGUCGAGUCCACGGACAUCUUCCCCGUCGGCUGGUGCGAGGCCAACGCUUACCCUCUGACCCCUCCACUCAAACCUGUCUGCCAGAAGCAGAAGCAGAUCGCGGUGGUCCAGCCGGAAAAACAGUUGUCUCCGUUCCAGCCGGUGGAGACGGCCCCCGUCAUCCUCUGCCAGCCCGUCGUCAUGGAUCCAGCCUCGGCCAGCAGGUACUGCUGCUCCAAGAUCUUCGUGAACCACCGAUGCUUCUCGGGACCGUACCUCAACAAGGGGCGCAUCGCGGAGCUGCCGCAGGCCGUCGGGCCCGGCAAGUGCACCCUGGUCCUCAAAGAGCUGCUGAGCAUGCUGAUCAACGCCGCCUACAAGCCCGGACGAGUCCUGAAGGAGCUGCAGGAGCUGGAGGAUCCGAGCUGGGACUUCCAGGAGGAGACCCUCAAAGCCAAAUAUAAAGGGAAAACCUAUCGCUCCACCAUCCGCAUCGUCCGCCUCGCCGACCAGAUCCCGGACUUCUGCCGCACGGUGUGCGUGAAGCUGCAGUGCUGCCCGAACCUCUUCAGCCCCGUCCUCGUGCCCGACAAGUGCCCGGAGAACUGCUCCGUCCAGACCAAAACCAAAUACACCUACUACUACGGGAAGAAGAGGAAGCUGUGCAAGCCGACGGGGGGGGAGGAGGCGGCGGGGGCCGAGCUGGCCAAGCCGGCGCGCCGCAGGAAGAAGAGGAAAGCCAUCUUUGUGCAGAAGAAGAGGCGCUCGUCCACCGUGGGCUACACGGCCGCCGGCUCGCCGCAGGACAGCGAGGAGGACGAAGAGAUGGCGGGUUUGCAGUCGGGCAGCGAGGGCACCAGCUCGGAGCCCCGCGAGGACCACACCGACGCCUCCUCGGUGGAGGUGACCAGCAGCCGGCCGCGCCGCGCCGCCGCGGCGCGCGGGACCUUCAGGACCUUCGGCGCAGGCAACGCCGCGGGCAGCCAAGAGGCCGCCGAGGGCCGCAGGAGGUCGACCCGCUCGCUGGCGGCUUACAACCAGAACCACAAGUACCAGCCGCCCCAAGGACAAGACAUGCAGGUGGGGGAAGAGGAGGGUCAGCUGGUUCUGGACAGUAAUCCUCUGGAAUGGAGCGUAGAUGAAGUCGUUCACUUCAUCAACUCCACUGACUGUUCGUCCCUCGCCAACAUCUUCCAGGAGCAGGACAUCGACGGCCAGGCGCUGCUGCUCCUCACGCUGCCCACCGUGCAGGAGUGCAUGGACCUGAAGCUCGGCCCCGCCAUCAAACUGUGUCACCAGAUCGAGCGCGUCAAGGUGGCCUUUUACCGACAGUACGCCGACUGAGCGCCCGGCCGCUGUUGGAUGAGGCGCCCCCUGGUGGAGAGAGUGUGUGGUGUUGUUUUUUUUACGUGCAAGAAGAACGGAUAUUUUUUCCUGGAGCACAAAGCAGGAGACGGUGGUUAAGGAUUCAUUUCUGGGAUAUUGUCCCAAAAUGUGACGCAACCCCUCCCCCCAAAAAAAAAACGGCCCGCGGGCGUCGACUCGCAGAACCAGCGGAACCGGCGGAGUCCGGAUCCGAAGAAGUUAUAAGCUGAGAAAAGCUGAAGACGUUUGUGUUUCUUACUUUUUUUCCAUUUCAUGUGCGAUAGAGGAGCAUUAUUAGCAUUUAUUGACCAUAAAAGAUUUUUUUUUUUUUUUGUGACAUUAUUGGUUCUGGAAAAAAUAUAUUUGGAAAGUAUUUAAACAAAACCAAGAAGUAAUAUAUUUGAAAUAUUUAUUGUCAUCCUUUUUAUUUAUAAGGAGUAAUCUAUUUGAAUUCAGAGGAAAAAAAAGUAAUAAUUGAUCGGUUUUAUAAUCAUGUCGACGUUAAGCCCUAAAAAAAAGAUUAUUUCACAAACGGUUUAUUUAAAUUCGCACAUUUUGUUGUUGUUUUUUUUUGGAAGAAGACUUUGUGUGUCGCAAUCACACGUGAAACAAUCACCAGAAGCUAUUUUGUGUCCAUCUAUGCAAAAAAAAAAAAAAAAAAAACAUGUUGCAGAUAUUUUUGAUAAGUGAGCAAAAUAAAUUUCUAUUGAUUUUUUA